AAUAAAUCCGCGCGAGGAAUUCCCCGAGUCCGUCGAAUACGAACCCAAAGUGUCGUACUGGUGCGGCCCGUACAGAUAUUUCAUACCGGCCACUAGUGACGUCCGCUGCGUCUUCUCGAUAUUUUCAAUGAAUUUCGUUUUCCGCUUCGGCUACGACGGAGUCACGUACAAAAGCUCGGACCUGUCUUUCAUGUACCAAAACGGCCAAGUGUUCUACACGGACGAGCCCUGGGCCGGGAUGUCGUGCUGGAACUGGGCCUGCAAGUGGCGGCACAACCAGAACAUGCGCUCCAAUGAGUUUUUUGUUAAUUAAAUAAAA